CAAAGAUAACAGUGGGGAUGGUUUCGUUUCUUCAAACGUAACCGACCAUUUCAAAUUUAAAGGCUUGUGUUUUGUUUUUUAUUGCGGUUUAUCCUUAUGUUUAAAAAAAAAUUAUAUGUGAUUUAAUAAUAAAUUAAUAUUAGUUUGUAUUGUUCUGUAAUAGAGCAAUAAAAACAUGUUGAUUUGAUUUAAAAAAUCAUUUUUAUUUUUUUCAUAAUUAGCUGAUUACUGUUUUAAAUUUUAUUUUAUUAAUAUGCUGCGUUCGUCUUUUUCUAUUAUUGUUUCUUCGUUGUUCCUAUGCUAUAUAUCUUAUUCAAUCUAUGGAUUGGCCAAACUUUUCUUUCCACCUUCUUGUUCUUCAAAAGAACUUUGUCUAAAUUACUAUUUAAGUAAACAGCCGAAAAUGCAGUUAUGGAUGUUACUUUCUCCCAGGAAUACUCCAGGGAAAUUAUUGGACAUUAUUUAUUCAUCCUCAGUUCAUGAUUUUGACUAUAACGUUCCAUCUGAAAGAACAUUAUCUGAUAUUUCACUGCCAAGCUCCACCAAAAGGAAUGGAACUCUCUUUCUAAUCCUAUUCUUUUUACCUCAGAAGUUUAACAUAAAGAAAUGGAAUGAUAUUCUUUCAAAUCCAUACUAUGUUCAAACACGAAUACCACUAACAAGUUAUCAAGUUCCUGUCACUUCAACUUUUGAACUUCUAAAAGGGGGAAAAUCAAUUGGUCAUAACGAACGACCAGUGAGCCAUUUGAAGUCUAAGAUUGGCUUUAAUAUAUUGACAGAUAUUAAAUCUUUUCCACAUAAUGAUUUUCCAGCUGAACUAUAUCCCUAUAUAGAACUUACCAAGGAAAGUGAAAUUUUACCUUUAAUUCAUCAUGACUUUCUUGAUGACCGCCUUAGUAAUUUAAAUCCUAUUAUGGAAAAUGAUACAGUUGAAAUUAUUAUGAAAUACUCUCCUAUCAACAUUGGAAAAUUAAGGUUGAUGUUACAAACUCAAUUAGCAUUUGAUUCUGUGAGAAAAUAUGGGUUUUCAGAUAAAGACAUUGAUCAGUUGAAGGGCAUCUUUGCUGAUACAAAUAUUUAUCUUCUUUGCAUAACUCUUUUUGUUGCUGCACUUCAUUUGCUUUUUGAUUUCCUGGCCAUUAAAAAUGAUGUGAUAUUUUGGAAGAAACAAAAGACUUUAGUUGGUUUGUCUUUGAAGACUGUCCUAUGGAGGGCUUUUAGUCAAAUAGUAAUAUUUUUAUAUUUACUUGACGAACAAACAUCAUUAUUGGUAUUGGGUCCUGCUGCUAUUGGAACCAUGAUUGAGUUGUGGAAAGUGCAAAAAGUAUUAGCUUUUGACUGGCGAAAAAUGGAAUUCAGAAAGUUAGAACUGACAGAUGAUGAGAAGAAAACAAGAUUGCUCGAUGCUGAAGGAAUGUAUUAUUUAUCUCGUAUUUUGUACCCUAUAUGUACUCUUGGAGCAUUGUAUUCUCUUUUCUAUGAACACCACAAGAGUUGGUAUUCUUGGAUAAUUCACAGUUUAGUCAAUGGUGUUUAUGCCUUUGGUUUCUUAUUCAUGCUUCCACAACUGUUUAUUAAUUAUAAGCUAAAGUCUGUUGCUCAUCUUCCUUGGAGAUCAUUUAUGUAUAAAGCAUUCAACACAUUCAUUGAUGAUCUGUUUGCAUUUAUAAUUACAAUGCCAACAGCUCAUAGAAUUGCCUGCUUUAGAGAUGAUUUUGUAUUUUUAAUAUAUUUGUAUCAGCGAUGGUUAUAUCCUGUUGACAAGUCAAGAUUUGAAGAACGUAAUACUGAUGACUAAAGUGUAACCAAAUAAUUAUUUUGUUAUUUAUAAUUUAUAUUGUUAUUUAUUUAUUUAUUUUAUUUUAUAAUUUAAAAUCAAUCAUUGAUCUAUUGUUUUGUUUUUUUGUAAAAGUUUGAACUACAAG